AUGUCGACUUUUUUGGCUCCCAAAGGUGUUAUUGAAGACAUCCAAGCAAAGCUAAGUAGAACCUGGUGGGCGGGAAAGGAGAAAGGUAGAUUCUGGACUAUGAUCCCAUGGCAGACAUUGUGCAAACCGAAGGGUAUGGGUGGUCUUGGAAUUAGGGACGUUCGACUGUUCAACUUGGCUCUCUUAGGGCGUCAAGUGUGGAGAUUAAUAAACAACAAAGAUUCCCUCUGCUUCAAAGUUUUAUCUUCAAAAUAUUUCCCUGAUGGCAACAUUUUUAACGUAAAAAAGGUUGAAAAAGCCUCUUUCACAUGGACAAGUAUUGCAACAGCAGCGGAAGCUCUGAAAGAAGGUUUUGGAUGGCAGAUUGGAAAUGGUGAGAAGAUAAACAUUCGGGCCGAUAAUUGGGGUAUGGAAGGACUUAACGGGGACGUUUUUGAAUGCAACAUUCAAAACCAAAAUGUACAGACUGUUAAAGACCUAUGGCAAGAGGAUAGUAGGAGCUAG